AUGGCCCCACCAACCUUCGCUGAUCUUGGAAAGUCCGCCAAGGACCUCUUCAACAAGGGAUACAGUGAGUUUUAAAUCGUAUUUUUUCCUGACAAUUUCAAUUUUUUUACAGACUUUGGAUUCCUCAAGGUCGACUCCACCACCAAGGCUGGAGAUAACAAGGAGGUUGAGUUCAAGACGGCCGCCGUCCACAACAUUGGAUCCGGAAAGCUCGGAGGAAACCUCGACGUCAAGUACAAGGUCCCACAAUACGGUAAGGAAUUUGACUCAUGAGUCGAUCAUCAGUUUUUGAUUCUUAUCGCUCACCCAACAAACGUGGGGCAGCCUCUUGUCGGGUGAUGCAAUUGUGUUUCCCUGCUAGCCACGUGCCGUCACUCGCGGCCGCUGAUCUCAAAUAAGACAUGAUGAUAUAGUGCAAGGGAGGAAAAGUUAACUAACUGAUGCAAUUUCAGGAAUCACCUUGACCGAGAAAUGGAACAGUGAGAACCAACUCGGAACUGUUGUUGAGAUCAACGAGCAGUUCGGACGAGGAGUCAAGGUCACCCUCGACUCGCUCUACGCCCCACACGCCGGGAAGAGAAGCGGAAAAGUGAAGCUCGACUGGACUCUCCCGACCGCCAGAGUGAGUAGUCUACUACACAUUGCGGGCGAAAAGUAUGGCAGUGCUCGUUUCAAACUUGAUUGGAAACUAGAUUCAACUAGGGUUUGCUUUUAUUAAUAACACCGUGAUUGUCGCACGGAAUGGUUUUUCGACUGAGAUUCCAAAUUUCUCAAUGAGGUUGUAAAUGCUUUUAGAUCACCGCUGAUGUCGGAGUCACCUCCACUCCAGUGAUCAACGCCGCCGGAGUUUUCGCCCGCGACGGAUGGCUCAUCGGAGCUGCCGCCACCUUCGAUUCCGGAUCGAACAAGCUGGCCUCUACCUCCCUGGCCUUCGGACACUCCACCCCACAGUACACCCUCCACUCGUUCGUUGUCAACUCCAGCGACUUCGGAGCUUCUCUCUACCACAAGGUCGCUUCCAACGUUGAAAUCGGAACUCAACUCGGAUGGAAGGUAAAAAUGCAGUGUUUGUGAGCGAAUCAAAAAUGUGUUGUUUAGGUUGGAGGAAACGGAGCUGACUACGCUCUGGCCACCAAGUACUCGCCAAGCCGCGAUCUCGCCGUCCGCGCCAAGGUCAACAGCUCGUCUCAGGUCGCCGUCGCUGCCACCCAUUCGCUGUCGCCAGCUCUCAAGCUCACUCUUUCCACUCAAUUCAACCUCGCCACCCAGGACGCCCACAAGUUCGGACUUGGACUCGAGUUCGACCCAUCCAACUAG